CAGGUGCGUGCCCGCCCCCGCCCUCCCGUCCGUCAGUCCGUCAUGGACCGUCAAGUGGAGCUGGAAUUGGAGCCUAAAGUCUUCGUGUUCACCGCUCUCGCCCUACUGGUGGCCGCCGCCGUUCUUUUUCGCCGUUGCAAAGCCGGCUCGGUCGCCUCCUCCCCGACUGCCGCCUCUACCUCCUCCGCAGCCACCUGCGCAGACGACGAACCUCCGUCCAGGCGGUCUGGUGAUCAUCAGCAUCAGGCUGUCCAAGAACCUAAAGCAGAUUCAGCAAAAGAACCAGAACCCGUCCAAGAGUCUACAGAAACUGCCUCUGCAACAGAAGACAGCCUCCCUGAACCAGUUUGUGGAUCAGAACCUGUUUCAGAACCAGAAUGUGUUCUCAAAGCAGCGUCGAUGCCAGACACACUUUUAGAACCACCACAGAGACUUAAAGUCUUAGAACCUUUGCCCGACCCUGACAACAAAUCCGGUGAAGAAAGAGUUUCUGAACCCAAGCCCGUUUUAGCAUCUCAUUCAAGUUCAGAAACUGCCACUCAACCAGAACCCAUUGCAAGACCUGAACCAGAACCAAAACCUGCAUGUGAAACACUUUUGGGACGAGAACCAGUUCCUGAAAUUGCUGCAGAGCCAGAACCUGUACGUGAAACACUUUUAGCACCAGAACCAGUUCCUGAAACUGCUACUCAGCCAGAACCUGUACGUAAAAUACUUUUAGCACCAGACCCAGUUCCUGAAACUGCUACUCACCCAGAACCUGUACGUGAAACACUUUUAGCACCAGAACCAGUUCCUGAAACUGCUACUCAGCCAGAACCUGUACGUGAAACACCUUUAGCACCAGAACCAGUUCCUGAAACUGCUACUCACCCAGAACCUGUACGUGAAACGCUUUUAGCACCAGAACCAGUUCCUGAAACUGCUACUCACCCAGAACCUGUACGUGAAACACUUUUAGCACCAGAACCAGUUCCUGAAACUGCUACUCAGCCAGAACCUGUCAUAGAAACACAUAAUGUUCUCGAAUCCUCAGUAAAACCUCUACUGGACCAACUUUCAGAUGCAGAGCCCUCUGACCCAGAACCAAAAGCAGUACUCCUAGUUUCUGAACCAGUAUCACUAGCUCAGGUCGUUCCAGAAGUAGAACCAGCUCCAAAGCCAGUGUCAGAGCUACAGUCUGAAUCAGAAUCUAAAAAGGUCUUGGAGGUUGUGACGGAAAAGGUUCUGGUCCCCCUGGAUGAGUCUGUGUUGGCAACACUCUCAAGAUCUGACCAGGAGAAGCCUCCAGCCCCCGAAGCUAAUGCAGCACCGGAGCUCAAUGCUGCGGCGGCGGCGGCGGCGGAUGACGACGACAAAGUGACGUUCACGCCCGGGAAGAAAGCAAGCAAGUUUGAGACGCUGAUGACCAAAGAGGAGAUUGAGGAGGAGCAAAGCUAAUCCGUGACUUCGACAAAACCGAACGGAAGACGAGUCAACUAAAGCAUGUGAUGAUUUUGAAAUGCUGAAAGUGGAUUCAAUAGGGGGGGGGGGGGGAAAUAGAAAAUAAAAUUACUUUAUGCAAACAAGUAGAAAGUUUAAUUACUCCCUGUCUAUCGAUCCAGGUUUUGGGAAAAAAAAUGUUUGGGUUGAGCAUUUAAGAUCUUUCGGAAUCAAGAAAGACAAAUGGAAGCAAAUAUCUCUUGUUGAUGUUUUGAAGGUCAUUUGACACACUUUGCAAUCCCUCAUUGGUUAAUGAAACCUUGUAUCCAUCCAUCUGUUUGUCCAUCCAUCCAUCCAUUUGUCCAUCCAUCCAUCCGUUUGUCCAUCCAUCCAUUCGUCCAUCCAUCAUGUUCUCCCAGGGUGCAACAGGAGCAGCUAGCAGCUAUCUUCAUGCUCCUGAGGGAGAACGCAGAAGCUCUGGGUGACGUGACGGAGGGCGACAUGGAGGAGCAGCUCAAACUCUACUCGCUGUGACCACGUUGCAAAAAGUCAUCGCAGGGCGUUGGAAGCCACGUGACAACU